AGCUCUUUUUUUACUUGCAAGCUCCCAUCAAUCCAAGACACAGUUCCCUAAUUCCCUGUACCCGGGGAUUCCAUUGCAAAGCACAAACCCCUACCAGUCACAACUCACAAGCCUUUAAUUCUCUGAAGUCUGAAACAGGUGAUUUGGGUUCGAAUGAGGUUUCAUUAAUGCAACUGCAGAGCUGCAGAAGUACAGAGAAACAUAAUCUCAGAUGGUCAUUACUCAUCAUUCCUUUUUCAUGAACCCAUCAGUGUCUCCUUGAUUCUCAGUGUUCCUAGUUCUCAAAACCCAGAAUACCCUUUUGUUCAUUUGAGUUUCUUCUAGAGCGUAAGAGCGACGAUGACGAGCAGAGCUGUACCAGUACUGGGCUGUCUUCUGUUGCUCAUUUGUGCUUCUACGGAUUAUUUUUCCCUUCUUUUUUCGUCUAGGCUAGGGGAUUGAGUUUGCCUCCUUUUUUGAAGUAAAAUAUUAGGUCCAAGAUGAGAGAAGAGAACCCAUCAGAGAGCCGACCAAAACUAUGCAAGUUUGCUGAUCAAAACCGGGUGGUGAGGGCUAACGUUAAAGUCGUUAACAACCCAUCGAAACUCAAAUCUGCUUCAGCUUGGGGUUCACACAUUGUAAAAGGGCUCUCAGGGGAAAAGAAAAGCAGGAUGCAGGGCGUGGUCCCAAGCAAGAAGCCACCACUCACCAGUUCAGAAAUCUCUAAUCAGAGGAAUCCUUUUGGGCCGAACCAGUCUCGUGUUAAGCGAUCUCUUAUUGGAGAUUUUCCAUGUACAGCCAAUACUGCCCAAGUUCAUCCACAUGCUUAUAAUUCCCAUCGCAUGAAGUCCUCGUCUGAUUUAUUCCUGGAAUUAGACCAUUUGAGAAGCCUACUCCGGGAAUCAAAGGAAAGGGAAUCGAAGCUGCAGGCUGAGCUGUUUGAAUAUAAGAAGAAUCCAAAAGUCUGUGAUCUGGAAAGGGAGCUUGAAUCAAAGAGGAAUGAAGCUGAGAAUCUUGUUCAGCGUGUUCGUUUGCUAGAAGCUGAAAAAUCAAGUCUUUCUGAGCAAGUGGCAUUUCUAUCCUCUAUUUUAGAAAGGCAAGAAGAAGCAUCAAAAAGAGAGGAGCUUGGAAAUUCAACAGCUUCACAGAGUAGUCUUGAGAUGGAAGUUGUUGAGUUGCGGCGCCUGAACAAGGAAUUCCAGCUUCAGAAGAGAAAUCUCGCAUGCCAACUUUCUUCUGCCGAAUCCCAAUUGGCUGCUCUUGCAAAUGUUUCUGAGAGUGAAAUUGUAGCGAAGGUCGAAGCUGAGGCAUCUCUGUUGAGGCACACAAAUGAAAAUCUUAGCAAGCAAGUUGAGGGUCUACAGAUGAGUCGGUUAACUGAGGUUGAAGAACUUGUAUACCUUAGGUGGGUCAAUUCAUGUUUACGUAACGAAUUGCGCAAUGCAGGUUCCACAAUGGAUUCAGAUAAAGUAUGGACUCCGAAUUCAAUGGAAAACAAUAGUGAAUCUGUUAGUACUUUGUCUCCUUCCAGUAAGGGGACCUUUGAAUUUAGCAGUGCAAAGAAACCAAGCAUAAUGAGCAAGUUCAAAGGGUGGCCCAGAGUUGGUGAGGACUUGUCAGAUUUAGAAUGUCCACAUCAUCUGCUCAAUAAAGAUUGGAUUGACAGACGAGAUAGUGUGAGCCCCCAAAGAAGACAUUCUAUUAGUGGAUCAAAAUUCUAUACAGAAGACUUACUACUGAGCCAGAGAAGGCAGUCUGAUGGCUUUAUUUGUGCAAAAGAAAUAGAGAAGGAUGGUAUACCACUGGACGUUCAUAAAUAUGAUGUGGAUGUUGUUGAAAGUCCUCAAUUCUAUGUGAACAAACAGGAAACCAAUAAGAUUAGAGCUUCUGUGGAUGUUGAGAAGCGAGCAUUGCGCAUUCCUAAUCCUCCUCCAAGGCCUUCAGGUUCCCUUCCUAGUUUAGCUAAGGAAAAUGGCAUUGCCUCCAUUCCAGCACCACCACCACCUCCACCUCCCCCUCCCCCUCCCCCUCCGCCAAAGUUCUCAGUAAGAAGUAACACAAGUGUGGUACAGAGGGCCCCGGAGGUUGUUGAGUUUUACCAUUCACUGAUGAAGAGGGACUCAAGAAAGGAAUCUUCAAGUGGAGGAAUAUGUGAUGCACCAGAUGUUGCGAAUGCCCGCAGCAGCAUGAUCGAUGAGAUUGAGAAUAGAUCAUCCCAUUUGCUUGCUAUAAAGGCAGAUGUUGAGACUCAAGGUGCGUUUGUGAAUUCAUUGAUAAGAGAGGUGAAUGAUGCAGUUUAUCCGGACAUUGAAGAUGUUGUGGCAUUUGUGAAGUGGCUUGAUGAUGAACUUUGCUUUCUUGUGGAUGAGAGGGCAGUUCUAAAGCAUUUUGAUUGGCCGGAGAAGAAAGCUGACACUUUACGAGAAGCUGCAUUUGGGUAUAGUGAUCUAAAGAAAUUGGAGGCUGAAGUCUCUUCUUAUGAGGAUGACCCUCGACUUCCUUGCGACAUUGCACUGAAGAAGAUGGUCACCAUGUCAGAAAAGAUGGAGCAUAGAGUUUAUAACCUUCUCAGAACGAGAGACAUGUUGAUUCAUAGCUGCAAAGAGUUUCAGAUCCCUAUGAACUGGAUGCUGGACACUGGGAUUAUUAGCAAGAUAAAGUUUGGUUCAGUCAAGUUAGCAAAGAAAUACAUGAGACGGGUAGCAGUGGAACUUCAAUCCAAGGGAGCAUCAGAUAAGGAUCCUGCAUUGGACUAUAUGCUACUUCAAGGAGUGAGAUUCGCUUUCAGAAUACAUCAGUUUGCGGGAGGAUUUGAUGCAGACACAAUGCAUGCAUUUGAGAAGCUUCGCAACCUUGCUUGUCCAAAAUAAAAAUAAAAUAAAAUAAAAUAAAAUGACUACAAAAGGAAAUGAACAAGAAAAAAGAAACAAGGAAUAGAAAACCAGGCUUACCAUCUCAGUAAGUUUUAUACUAAAUAUAUUGACAGUUAAGUGUGGUUUAUACUGAAACUGAAUGUGUUGUGUUGCUUGAUAAGAAAAGGAAUGUCUGUUGCUUAUAAUAUGAAUUUUGAAGUUUUGGCAGUUGAAAUGUAGAAAGUUUGAUGAAUGGUAGUCAAAUUAUUUGUUUAGAA